GCUUGUUUAUUAGUCCCGCAUGAAUCCGAUUUAUUCAACUUUAGCUCCACUCCAUAUUUUUCCACAAGGUCAAAUAAGUCUCGGCCGCAAUGCCUCUACGCCCUUUGUUGCAGUUUGAGAACCACUUAAGCUUGAGCUCUUAAGCUAUUGUUUGCAACUAAACAACUCCUAAAUCAGCUUGCAAGGAAAUGUACUGUGUUUACUGUUGAACAAAACAGCAUUAAUGUUAACACUAUAGCUCAUCUGAGAAAUCUUGUUGCCAAGGCUUUUUUCUGGACAUUCUCUGUCCUCUUGUGUGUACAAAGCCUGUGUGUUUGUAUGUGUUUGUGUUUCUGUGUGUGCAUGGUUCUGAGCAUCUGGGCAUCCUUGGUCUCAGCAGAUGUAUUCUGGGUGACCUUUUUUCCUCCUUUAAAGAGCACAAGAGAUAUUACUCACCAAGCCAUCUCUGAUCUUUAUAGCAGCCAGGAAAACGCCACUGAAUUGCUCAGUGAGGAUGGCCAGAGCAGAUGGAUCACAACUGUGUAUGACUAUGAGUCAGAUGAUGAGGGUGAACAACUGAUCUAUUCUCCUCCUCCCGCUGCUCUGUCCUCAGACAAACCCAUGGACCUGAAACAGGGAGACAAGGAAUCCAUCUUGAAGCCAUUCCCUCUGGUCACAGCCAAGCCCAAGCAAGAGCGCCGACAGCGGCAGACAACCACCUCUGCCCCGGCAGUAAACACCAGCCGUUUCGACAUAAAUAAUGAAAACUCCUCCAUUUUCAGGCCCUUGCCUACGUCAGAAGUAGACAUCAUGGGCAAGAAGCGCUUUGUUGCUCCCCAUGUGAUAUACAAGACCGAUAAAAAGCCAGAUGAGCCGUGCUCCAUCACCUCCUCCCUCACUUACUUCCCUGACGAGGAGGGGGGUGAUCAGAACGUGACUGGUCCUCCCCGCAUCCCUCCCUCCAACCUCACCGUGGUUACUGUGGAGGGAUGCCCGUCUUUCAUCAUUCUUGACUGGCAGAAAUCUGACAAUGAAACCAAAGAGUAUGAAGUCGUAUCCACCACUAAAGGACCAAAUGGAGAGGAGGUGUCCGUACUGACCACCAACCAGACACACACAGCCGUGGAGAAUCUCAAUCCAGAGAGCAGUUAUGAAUUCACAGUAACACCAAAGAAUGAGAUGGGAACAGGACCCUCCAGUGAUCCUGUGUCUUUUAGCACAGAAUCAGCGGAUCCACGAGUGAGCGAACACGUGUCAGGCAAAGAUGCCAUCUGGACUCAGUUCCCAUUUAAAUCCGAUGACUACUCUGAAUGCAAUGGAAAGCAGUAUGUGAAGAGAACUUGGUACCGAAAGUUUGUGGGAAUCCAGCUCUGCAACUCCCUGAGAUACAAGAUCUACCUGAGCGACUCUCUCAAUGGGAAGUUUUACAACAUAGGAGAUCAGACGGGGCAUGGUGAGGACCACUGUCAAUUUGUGGACUCUUUUCUGGAUGGACGAACUGGCACCCAGAUGUUUGCUGACCAGCUACCAAGCAGGCCAGGAUUCUAUAGGGCGCUGAGACAAGAACCUGUCCACUUUGGAGAGAUUGGAGGGAAGUCACACGUUACCUAUGUGGGCUGGUACGAGUGUGGCACACCCAUUCCUGGGAAGUGGUAAGAUCCCACAGGGCUGUCCAGGAAGGAGGACUUUGUUGGUGGGGAGGAAGAAGAUGCCUGACUAGGCCUAAAGGGAGGUGGGCCUUUCUUUCUUGUUACCGUGGAACAAUGUAGAUAGGUCUAUCUGAUGGGUUUGAACUCAGCCUACUCUCCCAGGUAUGAACCUGUACAGGACUAUUGUGUCACAAAACUCUAUUGAGUGCAUUUGUAACAUUAGCCUAAUUUCUCUAUUUAUCAAAAAUGCGUUCAACAAAGGAAUGCAGGAGUCUGAUUGAACCAAAAUAUUGAAUAUACAGUAAUUCCAGAGAAAAAGUUGGGAAGCUGGCUCCCAAAGUGUAAUAACGUGUAUGAUAUUAUUUAUCAAAGGGGAUCGUUAUUGAUUAUUCUGUGUGUGCUCGGGCUUUUGAGAUGAAAAAAGUAAAAAUUGUUCCCAAUACCUGCAUGUUAAUGAGCACACACGUUUUGGUGCCAAUCACACUUUCAUUGUACAUUUGGACUUUGUAAAAUACAAAUACACACAGACAUGCAGAAUUGACCUUCUGCUGGCUCUACGGGAUUAUUAGCAGUUGCAGUUUGCACAGUAUUAUACCUUUGUUCAUAUAUGUACAGUAUAUGGUGUGAAAUUCAUUAUGUAUACCAGGGAUCAUAUAGUUUGCUAUAUUUCAGGUAAGAGAUAAAACAGCUAUUAGCCAAAUUGUUAAUCUAUUGUAAGAAAGCCAAAGCUUGAGCCCAAUGUUUCUAUGGGGCCUUUUGGAAAGAUGUAUGCAUUUAUAAUGCUCAUGCAGUCUUGUCCUGUCUUUUAUGAAGAAAAAAAAUGUAAUACAAAUGAAAAAGUAGGAUUGAACCAAGGGUCAAUGUGGAAAAGACAUACUGUAAGUAAUGACUAAAUUCAUGUUUUUGGGUUCAAACUAUCUAAAGUGUACAUAAAGCUUUAAAUCAUUGGAGUCAGGUUUUUUCCACAUCUGUCACAACUGCAGUUAUUCUUGAUGCACCAUGUUUCCAGCAAUAAAUCUUGUUUUUUUCUAUUUACU